AUGCAUAUUUCCAAGGAAAAAAGAGUUAGAAUUACUCUAGCACUAUUAUCCAUUAUUGAUUUUGCCUAUACAUUUCAGAAUUUUUCAUAAAUUAAAGUUAUCCUUUCCAGUCUAUUAGUUUUAUCUAAUAUUGUAAGUAUGUUAUUACUGAAAAAGAAAUAGCUAUCCAGCAUUAUGAUUACUUUAUAUUAUGGAAAGGAGAUUAUCUUAUUUGGACCAACCUCUACAUGGCCAGUAUUAUAUCUUUUUAAAAAGAUUGGCUCUUAAAAAUUAAUUUUUCUCUCUUUAUUUUCAAUUCAAAUCGCAUUCAACUAUGUCGAUUCACUAUGGAAAUUAACUCUAAAAGCUAAAGAACAUCAGUGCAUAGAAUUAAUUGUUAUUUUUAUAUAUGAAGGCUAUUCCUUUUAUGUCGAAUAAAAACCUUUUAAUCAAUGUAUUCGUCUUUUAAUAAAACAUUUUAAAUAAGACUGCAUUCUUUAAUUAUUUGAUCGAAAUUACAAUAAUAUUGCCUUUAAUUAAAAGAACUCCUUAAUUGUAAACAGGUAAGCCCCUUCAAAAAAUGUUUUAAACUCCCCAAAGUCAGAUUAAAUACGUUUGUGUACUGAAGAAUAAGAACUCUUUUAUAAGCUUUACUUAAAUAACGAUGAUUUUUAACCACUGGAAUCUAACCAAUAAAACUCGUAAAACAAAAUGAUAUUUAAAUCUUCAAAAGAAUUAUUGCUAUUUCUAAAGAAUAAUCGAUAAUAUUAUGCAUUGGCAGUUCUUAAUGAACCCUAUAAUAAUUAAAAAGUAUUAUAUCAAGUUAAGUAUUUAUAAAAAGAUACUUUCUAUCUUUUAUAUUAUAUCAAAAUUGAAGAUGGAUAUACGAAUUGGUAAAAUCACAAGAUUUCAAAAUAUAAACAGAAUCUUAUAAAUAUUUUUAAUCAUAAAUUGAAAACUCCUUUAAAUGGAGCUAUCGGACAUUUAAUCACAGCCAAUGAAGAUGAAAACAUAAUGGAAAAAGUGAAAUAGUCAUAUUUAUAGCCAGCCUUAUUAAAUUGUAGAUUGUAAUUAUACUUGGUCUAAGAUAUCCUUGAUUACUUGUCAUGUGAGGUUGAAUAAUUGACUAUUAUGAGCAACAAAACAAAUUUAUAAUCCUUGUUAUCUGAAUUAUAUGAUUUAAUAGAAAAUUAAUGUAAAAUAAAGAAGAUAGAUAUAUUUGAUAAAUUGGAUUCAAAAUAUUGGUUUAUUUAUACAGACUCCAAUAAAUUGAUUCGCGUCUUACUAAACAUAUUAAAUACUUCAUAUAGAUAUACAGACGAAGGGGGAUGUAUCAGUUUGGAAAUUAAAUUGGAUUAAUUGAAUAAAAUUACCUAUUUUACAAUAAUAGAAAAUGGAUCGGGAAUAAAUGAAGAGUAAAUUUAACAAUUAACAGAAUAAUUAAAAUAAUUAGAUCAAUGUGCAACAACUAACAAAUCUAAUAAAUUAUUAUGUGCUGAUAAUCGGAUUAAUUCAGGAAUCAAUUUAUAUCUGGUGAAUAAAUUAAUAAAAUUAUUAAGUGGAGACAAUAGUAGAUUAUAAUUGAGAAUUCAGCAGAAUAAUUAAUUGCUCUUUACUUUUUCAAUUAGUGAUACUUUGGAUUUACAAUCUGAAAGUUCGCUUGGCAGAUCAAAGAAUAACAGCUUAAAUAAAUAGAAAUCCCUAAGAAGUUUAAAUAAAAUCAGCUUUUAGUAAAGUCCAAGAAUAUCGAAAUUCAAACAAUUAUCACAAAGAUAAUUUAAUUUUAAAUCUUAUAACUCAUUUGCAUCCUUGCAAUAGACAGAAACAAUAGAUGUUGAACCAAUUGCAUAAAUUCCUAGUAUUUUAUAAAUCAAAGAUAAUAAACAUAAAUAUUGUCAUCAAAGACAAAAAUUGAAAUCAUUGAAAAAGCCUAUUGAUUAUUAGUAAUGCUAGAAAACAAGCUCAAAAAUACAUUCAGCAGAUUCAGCUAUUUAAUAACUUCAAAAAACAGAAAAAUAUGUAUUAGUAGUAGAUGAUGAACCAUUCAAUCAUGAAACCUUAUGUUUAAUGUUGAAAAAUAUCGGCUUCAAUAAAUUUUUGAAAGCUUUCAAUGGUUAAUAGUGUAUAGAUUUAGUUCUGCAAUAUCACGAAUAAAUUUAUAUGAUAAUGAUGGAUAUAGACAUGCCAGUAAUGAAUGGAAUAGAAACAACAACACAAUUAGAAGAAUUGAUUGUCACGAAUUCUGUUACUUAUAUUCCCAUAAUAGGUUGUACUGCUCAUGAGGACUAUGAAUCUCAUUUAAAAUGCUUUGAAGCCGGGAUGAUUCAUGUUGUAAUUAAGCCUGUCUUUAUUAAAUCAUUACAAGAAGCCUUGUAUAAGAUUUCUGAAUUAAAUUCAAACGAAACCAUCAAAGAAAAUAACUCACCUUACAUAAUGUAAAGAGUGAAAUCUUAAACUUCCGAUUUUUAAUGA